AUGACAUGUGUCGACGUCCGAGACACGACGCAGGGGUUGAGCUGUGUUGCUUGUCAAUCUAAGAGCAAGACUCGCCAUUAUGAUUUGGCUCUAACGUGGGAAUACGGUGCCCCCGAUGGAUUUGGACGUAAAGUGUUCAAGAUCAACGGCCAGUUCCCAGGUCCGACUCUGGAGCUUAAUGAAGGGGACCAUGUGGUAGUCCAUGUCAAGAACUUGACACCUUACAGCACGACUGUUCACUAUCAUGGCAUAGAAAUGUUGGGUACCCCUGAGUAUGACGGCGUCCCUGGAAUAACUCAGAAGCGUAUUCCACCCAGCUGUAGCUUCACUUACAAGUGGAAGGCGACCCAGCAUGGAUCCUUCUUUUAUCAUGCCCAUUCCGACAGCCAGAUCAAUGAUGGACUGUAUGGACCCAUCAUCAUCCAUCCGGCUUCCACCACACCUGUACCAUACCAGUUGAUCACCAACAGUUCCAAAUCAUUGGCGGCCAUCAAGUUGGCAGAAACCAAGCGGAUCCCACUAUUGCUGUCCGACUGGCGCCAUAUUACCUCGGACUACGAAUGGGAAUUGUCACAAAAGUCUGGAGUCGAAACGCCGUGUUUCGAUUCCAUGCUAGUCAAUGGAAAGGGCAAAGUUAUUUGUCUAUCCACGGAAGAGCAAGCAGUCCUCAUCACAGCCAAUCAACAAAUGCUCUUGGGGUUCGUGCCAGGAUCCAACUUGACCGACAAAUCCUGCCUUCCCGCUCCUGUGAUUGCUACCAGGGCUGCACCGGGCGCGCCAGCACCGAACUUUGAUAUCAUUCCUGCCAACUUCUUUUACGGGUGCACCGAAACGCAAAGCUCCAGCGAUGUUAUUAAAAUCACCCAGGAGACAAUUGCCGAUGAGACGUGGGCAAUGUUUGACCUGAUCGGCUCACUCGCUCUCCAGAAUGUCCAGGUCUCAUUUGACGAGCUGACCAUGUAUGUCAUAGAGGCCGACGGCAACUAUAUUGAGCCCCAGGCAGUCCACUCGUUACUCAUCACCAACGGCCAGCGGUAUACGGUCGUCUUAAAAUUGGAAAACCCCAGGAGGUACACAUUCCGGGUUUCGGGCAUCUCUGACCCGCAGAUCCUUUUUGGAACCGCAGUACUGGACUUUAAGAUCAAGGGCACCAACCAAUCAACCAUACCCACUGUUCCCUAUAUCAACGAAGUCGGCGUCAACACCACAGGCGCCGUCGUUCCCUUUGACUUCGCCGGUACCAAGUCCUUCCUGCCCCAGCCCAUCCCCCAAGCGCCGGACGCGACCUUCAAAAUGACCAUGAGGGUCGAUGGCCAAGUCAUUUACUGGGCCUUUAACGAGACCAUUCUCCCGCUAAACUACGACGACGUCCGGCCCCCUCUGCUCUUCGCGCCGCAACCCGACCGCCAGGACAACCACACCAUCACGAUCCACAAGAAUAACACGUGGGUCGAUUACAUCAUGAUGGUGCCCGGCGUGCAGCCGGCCCAUCCAGUGCACGUUCACGGCCGCCACUUUUACGUGCUUGGCUCGGGCGAGGGCAAUUUUACCUGGGAUACCGUCGAGGAGGCCGCUGCCGCUGUGCCCGAGAGUUUUAAUCUUGUGAAUCCGCCACUACGGGAUACGAUCGCAACGCCCUUUGCGGGUCCGUCGGGUUCGUGGUUGGCGAUCCGCCGGCCAAGUGACAACCCGGGGGUUUGGUUGAUGCACUGUCAUAUUCAAAGUCAUAUUCAGGGUGGCAUGUCUAUGAUUAUUCAGGAUGGCAUUGAUGACUUGCCCGCGAUACCCGCCGAGUAUGGCUGGACGUGCUAG